UAUAGAUGCUGUAAGUGUCUCUGUCAGUCAGCCAGCUCGGUCUCCGCGUCAGGGGUUUUGAAAACCACGGGGUGCUACUGUGCAUUUCCCCUCCGUGCUGUGUGGUUCUUGAGCAAACAAAAAACCYGUCCUUCUGACUCCAUUAACACAGGAUAUGAUGUAUUCUAUUUCCUCUCAAUGGGUGUCUUCUCUUCAGGGGGUCUCGGAGAAAAGCAGAUAGCCUGCUAUCACUGUUAUCUACAGAGAAUCAUUCUGUGAGUUAGGUCUAGACGUUGUCCAAGUCUAUUGUUGGGCAGUGCCGGUUUACUUUUUUUUUUUUUGUGCAGUGUGUUAUGAAACAGAUGUAUCCUCACCAGGGGCCCUUUUUGAGAGGACAGGUAGGCUUAGACAAGUAGGUAGGUGGAGGUCUCUGUUUUUUUUAACAAGGACUUCUGACUCGUCACUGACAUCCUGUCUGUCUACAUGAACAAGGAUGAGUGUCUGGAUGACAUGAUGACCUCCUUGAACAAUUCAACCACCCAAUUAUCCAACAUGGAGUUGGACCUACCUCAUUACCUCCUCAUCGGGGUGUCUCUGCUCACCGUCCUGGUUUCCAUAGUGCUGGGGACUCUGUGGCUCAAAAAGUAUCGUUCCCUGAAGAGGACCAUUCGGGACCUGCGAGGAGGAAGGCCUCUGGGAAAUGUACUUUCCACUCCAGACUCCCCGUUCCUCUCUCCUGCUUCCCCCAGCCCGCCCCCCGUCACCUUGACGACAGAGAAGCUGGGGAAGAAGGACCCUGAGGAGCAGACAUCACUACAGAGAAACAAUAACAGGGCUGUCACUAACAGACUGCUUUGGAGGCCACCACAACAGGUUCCCCGCUUCACCAAGUCAGACCUCAGUCUGCUGCAGCUUAUCAAGGCAGGGAAGGAGGGAGUCUUCUACAAGGCCAGGAUGACACGGGGAACCUGCAAGGGACACGGCAUGUUCACCUGCAAGAUCACCAAAGAGGGUGUGACCCCUAAGCGUAUAGAGGUGGAGGUAUCCAUUAUGAGAAAGCUGGUGCAUCACAAGAACGUUCUCCAGCUGCUGGACUGGAACACCACUGAGGACAUCUAGACGUUGACAAGUCAGCUUUGAGAUGAUGCUGUAUCUAAACUGAUAGACUGUACAUACGAUACCUGACAUUGAUAAUGAAGUCAACAAUGUGAAGCUACUAUCUCAUGGUCAUUUCAAAUAAUUUGAAAUGAGAUAUUCUGUUAAUUAUACAUUUUCUUAAUGGUGCUAUUGCCACUUAUGUAAAUAAACUGUAAGAAGUAA